ACCCACAGCCUUGUUGGGCUACUGUACCUGUAUGUCUGUACAUCUACUAAUGUAAUCUGUUAUGCUGUUCAUUUCCUGCCCAUCAGAUUACGAGUGUUUCUUCCGGUUGGAGGCUAACACCUUAGUUCAGAGCUUCCAGUCUCCAGGCUUUCCAGAUCAGUACCCGGCCCAGUCCCGCUGCCAGUGGCAGAUCAGAGCCCCGGAACAGAACGCCAUCUCAGUCCGCUUCUCCCACUUUCACAUAGAGGACGACUGCUCUGAUGAUUUUGUGUCCAUCUACGACUCCCUCAGCCCGGAUGAGUCCCAGGCCAUCACUCACAAGUGUGGUCAGAGGCCUCCCAGCAAUCCCCUGGAGGUGGUGUCGUCCAGUAACAUCAUGCUCAUCAACCUCAUCACCGACAGUGCUGUCCAGAGGCCCGGCUUCAGUGCAGAGUACUCAAUCAUCCCCCUAACAACAUCUAAAAGUUGUGGAGGAGUCCUGAGUGAUGCUCAGGGGAACUUCAGCUCUCCCCAUUACCCCAGCUUCUAUCCCCCAGCCCUGGACUGCAAGUGGACCAUCGAGGUCCCUGCAGGGAAGCAGGUACGUGUCAAGUUCACCAUGUUCCGUAUGAAGGAGCCGAGAGUGGACGUCAGGGUGUGUCACAAAGACUACAUAGAGGUCAUGGACACCAAGUACUGUGGGGAGCUGUCUUCUCUGGCCCUUACCAGUACCACCAGCUCACUGGUUGUGAUGUUCCACUCUGAUGAGUCCUUCACAGACAAAGGCUUCCAGGCUCAGUACAACGCAUACGAUCCUUCCAACCCUUGCCCCAACCAGUUUGCCUGUGGCUCUGGGUUCUGUAUCAAGAAGGAGCUGCAUUGUGAUGGCUGGAACGACUGUGGGGACAUGAGUGAUGAAAUGAACUGCAAAUGUGAAAAGGACCAGUUUGCCUGUGACAACGGGAUGUGCAAGCCCAAGUACUGGGUGUGCGACCGUGUCAACGACUGCGGUGACGAGAGUGAUGAGAAGCACUGCAGCUGUGCUAAGAAUGAGUGGAGGUGUGGCGACGGGACCUGUUUGCCUCAGGAUGUGGUGUGUGACACUAAGAUGGACUGUGUAGACGGGAGUGACGAGGCUUCCUGUACCGUCUCUCCUGGUAUCUGCUCUGACUUCAGCUUUAAGUGUAAGAACGAGGCGUGUGUGAACAAGGUGAACGCUGAGUGUGACCGGGUCAAAGAUUGCACCGACGAAUCAGACGAGGAAGGCUGCGACUGUGGCAUCCGGCCAUAUAAGCUUAACCGUAUUGUGGGCGGGGAGAAUGCGCAGCUGGGGGAGUGGCCCUGGCAGGUGAGCCUGCACUUCCAGACCCGUGGGCAUGUGUGUGGCGCGUCAAUCAUCUCCAACCGCUGGCUCCUGUCUGCCGCCCACUGCUUCAAGACCAUCAGCCCUGAAAACCACGUGGCCUCCAACUGGCAGACGUACAGUGGCAUGCAGGACCAGUAUAAGCAGGAUACUGUUCAGAGAAGCUUCGUGAAGACCAUUAUCACCCACCCAGACUACAACCAGAUGACCUAUGACUACGACAUCGCCCUGCUGGAGCUGAGCCAGCCGCUGGAGUUCACCAACACCAUCCACCCCAUCUGCCUACCCGCACGCUCCCACCUCUUCCCUGCUGGCAUGUCCUGUUGGGUUACAGGCUGGGGCACGCUCCGUGAAGGAGGUGCCAUAGCACGGCUGCUGCAGAAGGCGGAGGUGAAGAUCAUUAACGACACGGUGUGUAACGUGGUCACCGAGGGUCAGGUCACAUCCAGGAUGCUCUGCUCCGGCUUCCUGUCCGGAGGGGUUGACGCCUGUCAGGGAGACUCGGGGGGUCCCCUGGUGUGCUUCGAGGAAAGUGGGAUGUGGUUCCAGGCAGGCAUCGUGAGCUGGGGUGAGGGCUGCGCUCGUCGGAACAAGCCCGGCGUCUACUCGCGUGUCACCAAGCUGAGAGACUGGAUCCGCAAGAACACGGGGGUUUGAUGCUGAUGAUGGGGGAGGGGGAGGGACAGCGGGUAGACAGUUUGGGGGUCUGACAGGACAAGACAAAAAAUAAGGAAUAUGGAACAUUGAGUCUGAUUGAGGUCGAGUCCCCCCAUGAUGACCAGAGCUAUCCAUCCUUCUAGCCAGCCUCAACCAGCCUCCGACACCCACUGAGGGCCUGCAUGGGGCUAGCUACUGCUCAGARGAAUGAUUUCAAAUGGGUUUMGGAUUAGYUUUUURAAUGUUUUUAUGCUGUACUGAUGCAACCCUGGUUCUCAAAGGCUCCGAGAAGCAGCAAGACUCCUGCACCUCCAUCAAUCAUGUCAUGUUCCACUGGUUUGAUGAAUAUUCUCCCAGUGUAAAUAAUGGAAGAUGUAUAUUUUGAAGAUGCACUUUGUUUUUAGUGGUACAGUAUUUGCCAAAUCUCCCACAUUGCUAUGAUGUGAGAUCACAUCUUCUGUUAGACAGACAGACAUACCAAAUGAACUGAGGGAAUUAGAAAUGUAACAGAAGUAGAAUAGUUGGUUGUAUUUUUACAAUGUAUUUCUUUACCAGCUGUUUUCACCUGCCAAUUUUCACUUAAAGUGCCUUGACAAGAACAUUGAAUUUUUUAUAAGUCAGUGUGAUACUAGUGAUGUUAGUAAUUAGUAAUUCCACAUUUUGUUACAGCCUGAAUUGAAAAUGGAUUAAAUAUAAACUUAAAUCACCCAUCUAUACACAAUA